CUAAAUACUUACAGUUGAGCUAAAGGUGUUAUAUAGUUUGCUCUAUUAAUUAAAUAAAUUACGACAUAAGUUACACACAAAGCGUCAGAAUGUCUGAAAAUAAAGCAAAUGGAGAUGGAGAUGAUCUGAACGCAUUGCUUGACAAUGCUCUGCAGGAUUUUGACAAAAGCAACAAAGCUGAUGCCAACCAGGACAAGGCCAAGGCUACAGAUGGCGCAACAACUCAGGCUGCUGGCGAUAGUGAGGAUCCAGAUGCAUUUUUUGUCGAGCAAGCUAAAAUCUUGGCAGACAGAAUGAGCACAUUGUUUGGUGGGCCAGACACACCCAGCGGUGAUAUACCACCCAUGCCACAGGAUCCAGAUCAACUAAUGGCAGGUUUCAAGAAAAUGGCUGAGGCAGCUGCGCUCACACUCAGCGGCGAGAACUCGGCCAGCGCCGACGAAGUCUCAAAGUAUUCAGAUAGCAUUUCCCAAGCACUUAAAGGUUUGCAAGAAGGCACCGAUAAUCUGGCAGCGCCUGCUUCCGACAAUGAUAUUACCAACAUGUUCAGUUCAUUGAAUUUAGAUGGCUUGGGUGAAGGUAAUGGUAAUACUUUCAUGCCCUUUAUGGAAGGCAUGAUGCAGAGUCUGCUUUCCGCAGAAAUUUUGCUGCCCAGCAUUAAAGAGUUGCUGGAGAAGUAUCCCAAGUAUCUUGAGGAGAACGACUCGAAGCUAUCGGCAGAAGAUAAAGAGAGAUACCAAAAACAGUUGGAACUAUAUAAGGUCAUCGAGGGCCAUUUAGAGAGUGAAAAUUCUGAUGACACGCCCGCAGUAAAGCGCGAGAAAUUCCGUGUUGUGCUCGAUGAUAUGCGUAAGCUGCAGGACUAUGGACAACCGCCUGCCGAAAUAUUGGCAGAGACUGGCGGAGAUCUGCCAUUUGGCGAUAUGACAGAGGCUGUCGGUGCACCCAGUCCUCAAUGCCCCACCAUGUAGUUGAAGUGCCAAAUUUUCCCCGUCUGCUGUUGAGUGUUGCACAUUUAGUACUGUAAGCAAUUUACAAAUAUUUGAUUUUACAUCACGUGGUGGUUAAUUUCGCAGUUGUUUUUAUUUUCUUAUACUUUUA